CUUGACAGCUGCAGAUGAGUGAGAUGCGCGCGGCGAGCGUGUUGGCGUUAGUGGUGCCGCUUCUGUUUUGCGUUCGCUGCCUCGCCCUAGAACAAGCACCUUUCACGCUAACCGUGCUGCACACAAAUGACGUGCACGCGCAUAUUGAAGAAAGCACGAAGAACGGUGCCAUGUGCAGCGAGAAAGAUAAGCAAAACAAGAGCUGCGUUGGAGGCGUUGCUCGGAUCAAGACAAAGGUCAAGGAAUUGAAGACGCAAUAUCCAGGAGCCUUGUUCAUGAACGCUGGUGACUUCUUUCAAGGAACCGCGUGGUACACUGUGCUGAAGGAGAAAAUAAUUUCGGCCGUCAUGACCAGAAUGGAUUACGAUUACGUGUGCCUUGGGAACCACGAAUUCGAUGACGGGCCGGAAGGGCUCGCGCAUCAUCUUUUGGCCCUGCAAAAGGCUAACGUGACAAUAGUGGGCACGAAUACGAACUUUUCGGAUGAGCCGGCUUUACGAAAUAUCAGCCUUCCAAAAUCAGUGAAGAUCAAAAUUAACAAUGUAACAGUGGGCAUCGUCGGUGCGGUGCUUCCAGAGACUCGAUUUCUGUCAAACACCGGUAAAGUGCAGUUUGAAGACGAAAUUCAGAGCAUCAGGCGAGAAGCAGAAAAACUCGAGAGCGAAGAAGUAAAAGUGAUUGUGGCAAUAACACACUCGGGAUACCCACGUGACAUCGAAAUCGUGAAGCAAGUCGAGCAAUUGGAUCUGCUCGUUGGUGGACACACCAAUACGUUUCUGUAUCAUGGUCAAGGGUAUCCAAAGGAAAACACUCCAGAAGGGGACUAUCCGACUGUCGUGAACAGAAGCGACGGUAGCAUAGGUCUCGUCGUGCAAGACUAUUGGUUCGGAAAGUUUCUAGGUUUUCUGCAAGUCAGCUUUGACAACAAUGGAAAAGUUACAAAAUGGACAGGAAACCCUGUACUGUUGAAUAGCUCAGUGCAAGAAGACCAGGAAAUGCUGGACGUCAUCGACUGCUACAAAGAAAACGUGACGCGAGCCAUCAGCGAGGUAAUCGGCAUCUCGAAGGUCAAGCUAGAGCAGGCGGACCAAAUUUGCCGGCUGCGAGAGUGCACUCUGGGCAACUUGAUAGCGGACGGCUUCUUCGCCUACUACGCGGACAAGGAGAGCAGCGAGCCCGGCAUGUGGUCUGACGUCAACGGCGCCCUGUUCAAUGGAGGCGCCGUCCGCGCGCCCAUCCCUCAAAAUCGUAACAUCACGAUGGGUCACAUAUUGGCUACAAUGCCUUUCGGCAUGUCGGUCGUCAUCAUGACACUCAAUGGCUCCGAGCUAAGGAGCAUGUUCGAAUACUCAGUGUCGGAGUACAGUUUUCAAAAGAAGCAGGGCCGAUUCUUGCAAGUGUCAGGCAUACGUGUGACGUAUAACCUUCAUUAUCCUCGUAACUGUCGCGUCGUAUCGCUUCAAGUCCUGUGUAGAAGAUGCAAAGUGCCACGAUACGAGACAGUAAAUGACACCGGCGUAUACAAAAUUGUCACCACAGACUACAUCACGAAAGGAGGAGAUGGAUACCCAAAAGCAACCAACGCCACUAGCGGAGGUCCGGCGGACUACUCAGUUCUUGUGGAACACAUUAGGAAGAUUACUCCUGUGAAGUCGGCUAUUGAGGGACGCAUAACUCUCCUCAACGGAACUAAACUUGCAAUGAUUCCAGGCGACCCCGUCACAAACCCAUCACUCAGAAAGGAAAAAACGCUAGAUGCAAGGUUACUUUCAAGUACCUUAGAAAAAUGGAAGCGUUCGCUCAACGUUUUCUUGCCUUUGAUCAAAAAGAAAAUUUCGGAAAUUUUAGGCAAAUAAAGGAGUGGAAAACUCUGAACAUAGCCUCGCCCAU